UCCGAUGCCGCGCCGCCGCCGCCUCCGCCACGGCCGCCGUGCCGCAGCCGCCGCGGGCGCCCGAGGCGGCGGCCAGGACCAGGGUCUUCGUCGUCUCCGACCUGCACACCGACUACCAGGAGAACAUGGACUGGGUGCGCCGCCUCGCCGUCGGGGUCGGCCCGCCCGACGCCGGGGGGGUCAACGCGCUCGUCGUCGCCGGGGACGUCGCAGAGACCAGGGACAACUUCGCGCGCACCAUGGGCGCCCUCAGGGACCAGUUCGACGCCGUAUUCUACGUGCCGGGCAACCACGACCUCUGGCUGCGCCGCGAGGAGGACGGACGCUACAUGGAUUCGCUGGAGAAACUGACUGCAUUGCUUGAUGCGUGUAGUGAGCUGGGUGUGGAUACAGGCCCAAAAACUAUAGGCGACUUAGGGAUCAUACCAUUGUUCUCAUGGUAUCACAAGAGCUUUGACAAGGAAAAGGAUCUUACCAGUGUGCGUGUUCCUUCAUUAGAGAUGGCUUGUAAAGACUUUCAUGCUUGCAAAUGGCCUUCAGAAUUGGGAAGUGAUGAUGAGGCUCUUGCUCUUUACUUUGACCAGUUGAAUGACAAAUACAACGAUGCUAUUGAAGAAGUAAAAAAGAACAGCAAACAGAUACUAACUUUUUCACACUUUGUACCAAGGCAAGAGCUAUGUCCAGAAAAGCGAAUGCUUUACUAUCCGAACCUUCCGAAGGUCAUCGGCUCUGAUUAUCUGGAGAGGAGGUUGAGAGCUAUACACAACAACGCUGAAGGUGGAGCAGCCUGCCAUGUAUUCGGACAUACACAUUUCUGUUGGGAUUCUAUGAUUGACGGAAUCAGGUAUGUACAGGCACCUCUAGCAUACCCCAGAGAAAGGAAACGGAGGAUGAACGGAGGCGAAGGAUGGUUGCCAUUUUGUGUAUACCGUGAUGGCUUCAACCCUGAAAUAUAUCCGGCUAUAUGGUCUGACUAUUACAAUAAGAACAAAAGGGAGCCUGAGAACACUCAGCUCGCCCCGUGGGUUGCCAAAUAUUUUAGGAAGUACUACUGACCCCCUUGUUUGCCAAAAAAAAGCCGGAGAGCUGUCCAGGGCAGCGCUGAAAACCUGCAUUUACCAAGAGGAAAAAAUGAAGAAAAGGAGAGAUUGACGUUUUACAUGUACAUGGUUUUUUUUUGUUGCGUUCUUUCUUGUUUUCACCUUGCUACAACUCACAGCUCUUGGGCAGUGAAGAGCCCACUUGUGUUGGAUGUAUGCUAAAAAAAUAAUGUAAAGAUCCUUGUAAAGCAGUCUUGCUGCAAAGAUAGUGAGAUGCAGAAGCCAUUAGAUAUCUCUGUUCA